GUCGUGGUGGGUAGUGCCAAGAUGUCGGCCGCGGCGGUUCCGGAGCUGAAGCAGAUCAGCCGGGUGGAGGCGAUGCGUUUGGGGCCGGGCUGGAGCCACUCGUGCCACGCCAUGCUGUACGCCGCAAACCCAGGGCAACUCUUCGGCCGCAUCCCCAUGCGCUUCUCGGUGCUGAUGCAGAUGCGCUUCGACGGGCUGCUGGGCUUCCCCGGGGGCUUCGUGGACCGGCGCUUCUGGUCGCUGGAGGACGGACUGAAUCGGGUGCUGGGCCUGGGCCUGGGCUGCCUGCGCCUCACGGAGGCCGACUACUUGAGCUCGCACCUGACCGAGGGCCCGCACCGCGUCGUGGCGCACCUGUACGCGCGGCAGCUGACGCUGGAGCAGCUGCAUGCUGUGGAGAUCAGCGCGGUGCACUCGCGGGAUCACGGCCUGGAGGUGCUGGGGCUCGUGCGCGUCCCACUGUACACCCAGAAAGACCGAGUCGGUGGCUUUCCCAACUUCCUGAGCAACGCUUUCAUCAGCACAGCCAAGUACCAACUCCUCUUUGCCCUCAAGGUGCUCAACAUGAUGCCCGAGGAGAAACUGGCUGAAGCUUUGGCUGCGGCCACGGAAAAGCAGAAGAAGGCCCUAGAGAAGCUGCUCCCAUCUUCCUCCUGAGCACAGUCUGCAGGCACCUCCAGGAAACAGUCUGGCAGCACUGGCCAAGCGUGCACAAUGACGACAGCAGAGCCACCACGGGACAGGAAGGUCACCACUGGCGGUCUCCUAUGGCCCUACGUCUGGAAAGACUCCUCAGCGAAGCUCAGUUUCCACAGCGCUGGCCUGGUAAGGAAAGCAAUGCUCCCGGCCCAGCCUGGGUGUCCCAUCUUAGAGCCUCGAUGAAGUGGCUGGCACAUGUGGGCAAGGACACUCUGCUCUGUAAAUAAAACACCUAUACUUGCUCCUCUUA